AUGGCCAUAAACACUAAGGUGGACAUGCUUUCUCAGAAGUUAGAUUGUUUGUUGUCCAUAGGGCAGAUUCCUAGGCAAACGAACUCACCUCAAACCUUUCAGGAUGUGUGCGCUCUUUGCUCCAUUCCUUACCAUUAUAUGAGUGAUUAUCCUUUAGCUGUGCAAUUCCCUGAAUAUGUUCAAGAACAAGCCCAGGCUGCGCAGAGUUUCUCUAAACUAGGUAAUGAUCCAUUUUCUAAUACCUAUAUCCCUAGCUGGAGGAAUCACCUAAACUUUGGAUGGAAACAACCUAAUGGCUUCCAAACUCCACCCAAUAAGAAAAAAUUUUCCAAUCAGCAGAAUAUCUAUAGAGACCCACAACAACCACUUCCUCCAUCACAGCUUAGUUCUUCAAUAGAGGAAAAAGUGUUGCGCACUUUGAAAGGGUUGGAUCAGAACAUUCAACUUCUCCACUCACAUACUCAAUCUCUCUCCAAGUUAGAAACACAAUUGGGUCAACUAACUGAUGCCAUUAGUAGGAGAGAAGAAGGCCAACUACCAAGUCAAGUGAUAGAUAAUCCUAAUAAUCAGCCUAGUAACAGAAUUUUUCAUGAGCAAGCUAAGGCAGUCAUGACUUUAAGGAGUGGCCGAGUAUUUGGAAUCCCUAAAAAGCGCUCCCUUGAAGAGAGUUCUGAGAAAGAGGCUAGUCCUGAAGCUCCUCAAGUUUCCAAGGACCAUGAGAUCGAACAAGUUGGGGAGGGCAAUAAAACUGAUUCUUACAUACCCAAAGCUCCUUUCCCCUCUUGUUUAAAUUCUCCAUCAUCUUCUUUAUUUGCUAAGAAGGGUGCAGAGAUGGGAGAAAUUAUGGAACUGUUCAAACAAGUCCAGAUCAACCUUCCCCUUCUUGGUGCCACUAAGCAAGUUUCAGCUUAUGCUAAGUUUUUGAAAGAUUUAUGCACUCAAAAGCGUAAGCUGAAGACCCACAUUCCCAAGACUAUCCAUCUUACUGAGCAAGUGAGUGCAAUACUUUUCAAUCAACUUUCCCCUAAGCUUAAGGAUCCGGGAGCCCCUCUUAUAAGUUGCACCAUUGGCAACAUUUCCAUUGAGCGAGUGCUUCUUGAUUUAAGGGCAAGUGUCAACCUUUUACCUAGCUCAGUUUUGGGUUUGGAGAGUUGA